GAUUAUAAAGGACAGAAACUGGCGGAGCAGAUCUUUCAAGGAAUCAUACUUGUCUCAGCGGUGAGUGGCCUGUCAAACAUACAUAAUAUAAAUUGACUUUUCAGUAUGUGUUGAGUUUUUACACUAGGCUAACCCCUUGCAUUACCCUCCAGGUGAUUGGAUUCGCGUAUGGCCUCAUCAUUGAACAGUUUGGGUGGACUGUGUACAUAGUGUUAGGAGGUUUCGCUUUGUCUUGUUUGGUGAGUUAAGUUUCAUUCCAUCCUCCCUGUAUAUGUGUAUUUUACUUUGUUUCAGUUGUGCCAAGCAGAAAAUGUUGCACUUGUGCAAAGAGUGCACCCACAAACCCACGUUGACUCCAAUCUGCAUUUACGGGACCCAAACUUUUAACUCUCUUCUGAUUUACAUUUUACAUCUCCUCACCAUCUCUCCCUCAUCCUAUGUCUCCUCUCCCUCACCACCACCUUCUCGGUCUCAGCUGACCCUGCCCCCCUGGCCCAUGUACAGACAGAACCCCCUCUCCUGGCAGCCAGCCCUAUCAGAGACUACGGGAGAAACCCAGCAAAAGCCUCAGGAGAGUCUGAAGAAGAAGAAGCACAAGUAG